GGCAGUGAUCGGUAGUUUGUACUGAUAGAAAUUUACGCAGCUUAGAAGUAGUUCAUGGGUCCCUCCUGACUCAUGAUGGGCAAGGGAAAAUCAUAGUACCAAAGGGUAACCUGAAUUUAGAAGAGCAGAACGUUAAGAAGAAAAACAAGAGAAGCACAAUCAACACUGAUGUGCCUAUUGUUACUCCUGUGGUACAACACAGCUGUAUGGGGCAGGCAGAAGCUGCUUGGAGAGCCACAGAAGGAUCUCCUUUCAAACUGUUUCUUAGUUAUAUUCCUCCUGAACUGAAGAAUAAAUGGGAUCUGAAAUGAAUUUAAUAGGACAUCCCCAGCUAGCUACUGCAGAUGGAUUUUCUCUAGCUGAAGGUCCUCAUUUAUUUGGCAUUCUUUCAGAGCCAAUGAGUUCUCCAGUGCAAGAGGCAGAUGUUUCACCUUACACACAGUACAACAGUGUGCCAUUUCCCCAAGUUCAGCCUCAGAUUUCAUCACCACCUUAUUACUCCAACCUGGGCUUCUACCCUCCACAGCAUGAGGAAUGGUAUUCCCCUGGGAUGUACGAGCUCAGGAGAAUACCCUCAGAGACCUUUUUCACAAGAGAGACAGAGAUAAUGGAUAUCCCUGCAGCCAAAAAGCCUAGACUGGGCCACUCCACGGGAAGAAUGAAAGGAGAAGAGCUCUGUGUGGUCUGUGGUGACAAAGCCUCUGGGUACCACUACAAUGCUCUCACUUGUGAAGGAUGCAAAGGGUUCUUCAGAAGAAGCAUCACAAAAAAUGCAGUGUACAAGUGUAAAAAUGGAGGCAACUGUGAGAUGGACAUGUACAUGAGGAGGAAGUGCCAAGAGUGCCGUCUAAGGAAAUGCAAGCAAAUGGGCAUGUUGGCUGAAUGUCUGUUAACAGAAAUACAAUGCAAGUCAAAAAGGCUACGGAAAAAUGUGAAACAGCUCCCAGAUCAGACAGUCAAUGAAGAUAAUGAAGGCCAUGACAUGAAGCAAGUGACAUCUACAACUAAAAUGUAUAGGGAGAAAGUAGAAUUUACCCCAGAACAGCAGAACCUUCUUGAUUACAUCAUGGAUUCAUACAGCAAACAACAAAUACCUCAGGAGGUGUCAAAAAAGCUGUUACAUGAGGAAUUCAGUGCUGAAGGAAAUUUUCUGAUUUUAACAGAAAUGGCUACCAGUCAUGUACAGGUUCUUGUGGAAUUCACUAAAAAACUACCAGGUUUCCAAACCCUUGACCAUGAAGAUCAGAUUGCUUUGCUGAAGGGCUCAGCAGUAGAAGCCAUGUUCCUCCGUUCAGCUGAGAUCUUCAGUAGGAAACUUCCCACAGGACAUACUGUCCUUCUAGAAGAAAGAAUUCGUAAUAGUGCUGUGUUAACUGUUGCUACUGAUGCUGCUGAAGGUGAUGUUGACUAAGUGCUACUGAACAGAACCAGAAGUCACUCAGAACUGCCAAGAGUGCAAGAGUCCCUCGUUUUGGAUGAACAUUGCCUCAUGGUCAUUGCUGCAUGUUAGAGAAUAUCAGUUAGAAGUGGCCAUCUCUCUUACAGGAAACUGCUUAAAUGUGCUUUUAAAAUGCCCCUUUGCUUCUCCGUUCAGUGCUGGUCAAAUAAUGUCAUCACUUUCUUUGCAAUGGCAAUGCAAGCAGAUGAGUUUCUAAGAGGAAGAGGCAAGAGAUAGGUUUGAUUCUCUCAUGUUCCCAAAGGCAUUUCUCAGUGUUCCCUGACUUUUCAAAAGAAUUUUCUUCCUAUGUCACAAGCUAUCAGAGUUUCUUGUUUCCAUGUUAAAGCUCCUGCUUUAGUGCACUUUUACUGCACAUUUUGUCCUGGUUUCUGAUAAAUUCUAGAAUUACACACUUAGGUAAAUUGACUCAUUUCAAAAUAUUAUAAAAUAUCUACUACUGAGGCAUUUUUCUUUUGUAGUCUAAUUCAUGAUUAUUUGCAGGUAUCCUGAGUUUAAAUAAAUUAAAAGAACGGCAUCCAAAUUCUUUUGCUGUCAUUGCUUCCACAUACAGCUUAGAAAAGCACUAAAAAUGCAGCUCACAGCCCUGCAUGCUGUAGGACCUAGCACCAGGAUUCUGGCUUGAACAGAUGAGAUUUUGUCUUGUUUUCAGCUGGGACUCUUUCUUCAGAAUGUCUGGUAUGGUGCUAUGUUUUGGUUCCAAGAGAAAAACAAUGCUGAUAACACAUCAAUGUUUAUAGUUAUCGCUCAGCAGUGUUGUACUGAGCCAUGGCCUUUCUGGUUUCUCAGCUCAUGCUAAGUAAGGGCUGGGAGGGGACAGAAUCAGGACAACCGACUUAAAAGGGCCAAAGGGUUAUCCCAUACCAUAUGACAUCACGUGGAAGGAGAGUUUUGAAAGGAGUGGGAGUUCAUCUCACUCUCUUCAGCUGCUCGGGGGCCUAGCUGAGCACCAGUCAUGGGGUGGUGAGCAAUUGCUUGUGCAUCACUUCUUAUACACAUUCACAUAUAUAUUUUUCAUAAUUAUUAUCCUUUUCCCUUUCUCUUAGGAAAUAGUUUUAUCCCAACCCAUGAGCUCUACUUUGUUUUUUUCCCUUUUGAUUCUCUUCCGCAUCCCACUGUGAACAGGAAGAGUGAGCAAAAGACUGUGUGGAGAUCAGCCACCUGCCGGGCUAAACCACAACAGAUUUUAGAGCAGAAACUUGAGCAACCUCUCCUAAACUUCACCAGUAAGGAAGCAUACUACUUAUUAAAAGCUGCAGAUGAAUGUUAUCAUGCUAUAGUCUGGUCCAAGAGAUAAGCAGGCCAGGAGAGAUUGAAUCCAAGUUACAUAAACAAGAAAGCCCAAGAGAAUUAUACUUAAGGAUGGAGACAGGAACUUUAACAUACACCUGACUGAACACAGCAAACCAAAACACCCUACAAAAGCAACUGAGAGUAGCAAAGCAAAUGCAGUGACAGUUGGAUGAGAGUUUAGCGAAGAAAAAGUAUCAUGACUAUUCAUAGCUCCCAGUAAGGUCCCAAGCAUUAUCAGGCCAUCAGCCAUAAACUGUCAUUAGUCAGAACUUCUAUCAGCAUUUUUUGGAUGCAGACAAAUGUCUGAAUGUCACAUAGUCCUAUUGUCAAGCCUUGGUAUCCAUAUCCAUAAAAUCAAGUGGGAAGGGGGGGAUCCUGCCUAAAAGUCACAGGCUGUCCAAACUUCUGUCACCUGCCACCAUGUCCAUUUAGAAGUCGUCCUCAUCUAUUAAUAUUUAUGCCUUCCCCACUCUGAUUCUAUGGAACUCAUGGCUUUUUUAUUUAUUUUUAAUUUUUUGUAAUAAAGAAGCCAGAGAUUUGAUGGUGAUGACCUUUGAGCAUUAUCAGUAUUCACUUUUAUUCUCAUGCUGAUGAGGUGUAUUUUUAUUUCUUAGCUUGAGCAUAUUGCAUAAGCCCUGCUAUAUCUGCCUUUGUUUGUGCCUGUACAGUCUUCCUGUUAUAGAAAUUCUUUCAUUCAUGUCUCCUGAGACUGAAAUCCUUUCUUACUCAAUCUAUAUUAAGACCUAAUGAGAAACACAGACAUUUUAUUUAACGUUAAUGAGAGCUCGUACAACUUACUCAUCUUACUUGAUGUUUCACUACGCAUAUGCCUUGUUGCCACUGAUUGACUCAUUUUGUUAAAGGCUGACAUCUGGGCAAUUUAAUACCUAGUUUCUUUCUGUUGUUUUAAAAGCAAAUUCUCCCCACUGUCCAGCAGGACAAUAAUUUAAAAAUCACUGCUGAAAUACUGAAUGUUUUCUCAGGGAGCAUUUAUACUUUCCUUUCCUAAGGACAUCUGUUUUCAGUAGUCGUUAAGAACCACAGAUUUUUAUGUCGUCAUUUUCUACUGAUUUCAGUGUCAGGGAUAGCAGACUUUCUGACGUGAAUAGAAGUGGAAGAAUUGGGCCUCAAACUUCCAGUUGGCAGCAGGAGACCUGCCAUUGUGAAGUACACCUUCGUCUUGCUGGAUGGGUUACAGGCGUUGAAGUGCGAUGCAAUCCAAGAGAAAAACGAAACAGCCACUAUUCCAAAGCAUUGGCAAAAGGCCACCUUUCGCCCUUGAACGUGGAUACAAAGUUCCCAUUGAUUUGGACAAGCGCCUCCAGCAACCAAGGCCAAAAUUUGGCAGAGGAACAACGGCUACCUAACCACUUCCUCUGCCUUUGGCUUUCAUUAUUUGAUUAUCAGUACUCAGUAACCACACUGCUUCAAAAGCCCGCUGUGGUGGAGGCUGUAUGGGGAAACAAAAUGAAAUAAUCCUCACUGUUGAGACCAGAUAAUCUGAGACAGAGUAAUCUCUUUAUGUCACUCCUUGUUUUUAAACGUAGAUGCAAAUCUAAGCUGUCCAGCUCUGCCAGUGGUUGCACGCAUUCACAUGGAAGGAGACAUUUCCCAUCCUGUGACUCGGCCCCAAAUCAGCACGCUGCACAGAAUAUUUAGAAAUUAGGGACACUUUUAAUUAAAGACUAUAGGAAGGAACAGAGUAUAGGAAAGAACUUCUCAGCUUGUAUAUAGUCCUGCAUGGUCUCUCCUGCUGAGUGCCAUGUUUCUGAAUUACAAAUAAAGUUUACACAAGUGUUCAAACCAUAUCUACAGUGUUAAUUUACGUAUAUGAAAAUAAGAAUAGAUAUCAGAGGACCCAAUCUCUUUCCUUUUGCAUACGUGUGCUUCUCUAGGCCAAAAACUUACUUAGGUAGCCUCGGCCCAUGAGGACUAGCAGAAGGCAGCACAGCUGCUGCUGUAUGCCAGGCCACACCUCCCUCCAGACUCCACAAACAGGGCUGCUGCCAGAGGAUGGGAUGUGGCAGUGCCAUCUGCAUCCUCCUUGCUGGUUUCCUGGAGUUUCUUCAUUUGCACUGAUGGCUCCACACUGGUACCAUUAAUUGAUUUUGAGAGGAAGGGGUUUUGCUAUCCUGCUUAUGAAUUCUCCCUGACACAUGCUAACUUCUUGUCUAAGUUGCUCACCUAUAGAAGAGGAGGUAGAGGACAGGUCCCAUGUCCAUAUCCUGGUGUAUCUUCUCUACUGGAUAGAUAUUCCCCCCCCCUAUCAGCUCUCAGCAUCAAUAGGGUGAAUUCAGCCCAUGUUUAAAGGGCUGCUGAAUAGAUCUGAAUGCAGAGCUCAUAACAAAUACUUUACAGCACGGAAAUCAGUUCUGGUAGAUGAAGCAUUGUGAAAGAUAAGGUGUAGUUUUGUGAGUAAUUAAUACAUUUUAUUUUCAUAAAACAGUUACUAUCAUACCCUUGAUUUAAUAUCUAGUCAUCUCCACAUUUAUCAAGAAAAAAAGAUCUCUUCAUCCAUAUUAAUCACACAGUGCUAGUUGCUAUUAAUUAGCAUCUCUUUGCAGGCUUUCUUUUGCAAUAGAUCGAUGUGCUCUGUUUUAAUGAAUAGACAAAAUAAAAGAGAGAAUACUGGUCUCGAGAAAUGGCAAUAUGGACUUGAUAUCACAAGAAAAAAAUGAAGUGUAUUCCAGGGCUAUGUUAACCUCAUAAUUAUUUACAGCCUGAAAAUGCAAACCUUAUGAGAGCAAGUCCUCUUACCUUCAUUGAGAAAUCAUAGGAACAAAACUAUAAAAAUCAGGGCAAAGCCUGAAACAAUACUUUGUCUUAAGCUACAGAGGUGGACUAAACUGUAUAAGAAGUAAGGGGUGCUGAAUGAAUAAUGCUUACAAAUUUAUAUCUCCUCUGGGCUAAUGCUGAUGGGACAUACUCAGUAAAGGUAGUUUUUCCCAUUGACUACCUCGGUGUUUCCAGCCAGUCAGGCAUUAACACAGCAAAAUCAACUAAAUUGAACUGCAGCAUCUUUAGCGGAUGAUAGAGCUGGGCUGGUGGUUAGGUAGAAAUCUGCCUAAUUCAGAAUUGAAUGAAACACAGAGGAGAGUCCAGUUUCUAUUGCCUUAAGACAACAUCAUGCAAAGUUUUUGAAACCUUAUUGGAAAAAGUCUAACCAGGGCACAUCAUUAAAUGCAGAGCAGGAAGUUCUGCCUGUCUGAUAAGCACAGUGCUCUCAUCUGAGCUAAAUAAAGAAGUAUAAACAACUCACUUUUCUGUUCUCACUGAGGCUAGAAAUACAUUAUAACUUUAUCUAUUUGAUUUUUUUUUCACUUUUGGAGUAUGAUUGGUAGGAAUGACACUUGAAAAGCCAUAUAAUUCAUUACUCCUCCAGCCCUUCCAGUUACAAACACAAAUCGCCUUUAAUUCUUUUUCUGAUAACCUGAAUGGAAGUGACAUCUCGUACAGCAGAUAAGGGGAAAAAAGCAAGAACUAUAAACAUCUGUUUCCUGCCUUUUUUUUUUUUUUUUUUUGCUUUCUAGAGGAGCUUAUUAAAUCCAAACUGAAGCACUUUCAAUCACAUUAGAAAACAGCCCCCUCUUGUGAUGGAACAGCAGUUUGUGUAAUGUGUUCAUUCAAAACGAGGAAUUAACUGGGAAAAGCCAGCACAGAUGGGACAGAGGCAAUACCAGUAACCAAGAAAAAAAAACAGAAACAUUAUUCUGGACUUAAAAAUUGCUCUUUCACAUGGUUUUGUUCAUAAUUGCAUAGUGAUAUACACCUGUUUAAAGAUUUCAAAGUUCUGUUUUGUUUUUAUAAAAGCAGCUGCAUUGCUAUUACAUUCCUUUUUAUUACACCCUUUUACCUCUUCUGUCUUAUUUCUCUGAAUUGCAGUAGUGCAGAGAAGCCCUGUGAUGUAAUUUUAUUUGUUUCCACAACUUUUCUUUCACCCCUUCCACCCUCUCUCUCAUUUCUUAAGUUUCUUAACAUUAGCCUGUAAGCUUUCUGGUGCAAGGACUGUUUUAUUGCAUACUUGCACAUGGGCUCAAGGAGGACCUGAAUUUAGGUAUUUCACAUCUUGUACUUCACCAGCAUCUCUUUCAUCCCACUUCUCUUGUACUGACAGGGGAACUUGAGAAGCUCUGUGGUCAAUAAGGCAAUGGGAAAGUUCAUUCAGCUGAAAACUAAUCUUCCUCCUCCUCUCCCCACAAAAGAAAAGAAAAGAAAAAAAAAGUAAACCUAGUUAAGUGAUGAAGAUGUGAAACAAACAAGGAGACUCUUAGUCACAGCCCACUUCUUCCUGCCAUGCUUGCUGCCAUGAUGAUGUGCAGUGUGACACCCUGCCUGGGGAGUACUAAAAAUGUCUGUAGUUGGCUCUGACUUCUCUCACUGUUGCUAAACUAUUCACAAGAGGAAUUCACUUACUUCACUUUAGGGCUCAACUAGACUUCUUUUUUUCAUAUUUCCAGAUUCACGUGAACCUUUAAUCAUAUGCAUGUGUUCCCUACGCACAUCAUACUGUAAGAAACUUUGGCAUUCAAAACUGCCAUACAGCCAGGCAGUUCCUCAAAAGUUAGGAAGAACAAGUGUUCAAAUUUGUAAAUAGCUUACUGUGAUGACUAAGCUUGCAGCACAUCAGUGCUGUGACUAUUGCUUGCUCUGUAUAAGGCUCCAGCUGUGUUAGUAACUACCAUAGGUGAGCUCUUACCAUAUAGGUCUGCUUAAUGAACGCAGACUCUUCUCAAUCACAUUGAACUUGUUACAAACACUAGAUUUGUGGUUUGUAAUCUGAAGCAAACUUAUGUUGCAAAUGUCACAUAUUUAAAUAUAUUAUUUAGCCACAAAACAUACCACACCAUGCAGGACUAUACUUUUCACUCUGUUGUGUCACAUAACUACUCUACUGAUCAAAAUAAGUUCAUGGAAUCAUAGAAUAUCCCAAGUUGGAAGGGAUCAAUGAGGGAUCCUAACAGUUGCCACUGUCACAGCAAAAUGUGACUUAUUCAUAGUUCAGCCAAGUGACUUCACACUUCCUUUCUUUGAGCUGCAUCUGCUGGGUUUCAUCUUGAACUUCCCCUGUUGGAGGCACUCCAGACCUCACAGCAGCCUCUAACUACCAGAUCUGGGCUCAGCUUCAUGCUGUAUAAAACACUCUAAACUGCAUGGUUUCAUGCAGUUUCUGAACUAAGUUGUAAAGCCUCAUCCCAGAACAGCUUAAAACUAAACAGAGUGAAGGCAGGAGAAAUCCCAUGGCCCUCCUCUGUGGGAACAGAGGAAGUCCCUGUCCUUUCAGCCAAGAACCACUGGCUUGAAUCUCUAGACCUUGUAGGUGGGGCCACUUCUGAGCUCAAGAGCCUGUUUGCAGCCGUCAGUGGCCGCUCUGAGGGACUCUGACACAAAAAUAAACAAACAAACAAACAAACAAACAAAUAAAUAAAUAAAUGAUGCCACGAGACUUACUUCUCUUUUACACCAAAGGGUAGAGCGAAAUACAUCUGUAAUUGAAGGCUGUGUAAGAACAAUGUGACCUGAUGACAAAGUCCGUAUGAGGAAGCCCAGUCGGCAUGCCCCAGUGCAGUAACCCCAGUGGCUUUCAUGGUGGUGAGAGAAACACAUGAUCCCAACUCAAACUAGGCUGUGUUUUCAUUAUUUAUGUCUCUGUACUUUAUAAUACAGUGGUUCAUGCUAGGAGGUAGUAAUAGUUGCAAGCAAGUUGAUCUCGGACUACAGGUAAUCCUAGACCUAGCUAAAGUUUCAGGCUACAUAAAAGGAGCAAUUAAAUCUCUUUAUGAAGACAACCAGAGUAACUGCCCAUGGCAGUUAGCUGUAUAGUAGAGUUGGGCUAGAAUUAAGCCAUUUGCCCUGAGAGAUUUCCAUAUAAUUAACAUGAAGGUGGGGAGCAUGGGACUGUUUUGCAAAAUGUGAAUACAGGAAAAAGAAGACAACUGGGAAAUCAGCAGACAGCAAGAAGAACACAAAUGAGUGCUGUUACGAGAAGCUAGAUGGACAAACCUGGAGAGAAAAGGAACAUACUUGAAAGAAAGACUUUGAAACUAUGAAACUGCUAGCACUUACCUGUUUCAACUCUGUUCUGGAAAACAAGGACAUGCUUGCACUUCUGUAAACUAAUUGUAUUGCAUCAGACUUGAUUUGUGUAGUAAAUUUCUCCCUCUAAGACAAACAGUCACGGCUUUAAAUAUUAACUUAUUGCUCAUUGGCAAUAAGCCAGACUAUUUCAAUAAUUAAAAAAAUAACAUAGCUUUUAUUUUCC